CCGCGGCCGUCGGUCGGCGCGUCUCCCCCGGGGCCCGGCCCGCGGGCGCCAUGGAGCCGGCGGCGGGGCCGCUCGGAAGUGCCCGCCCGGCGCGGCUUCUCGAAAGCAGAGCCCCGAGGGCGCCGCCGGGGCGUCGCGCCGGAGCCCCGGGGCCGGGGCCUGAGUCCCGGAGCGCCCGCGCGCCCCGGGACCCCGCCAGGUGGAUGGUGUGCGUGGCCGGAGCCAAGCUGAAGAGGGAACUCGAUGCCACCGCAACAGUAUUGGCAAACCGGCAGGAUGAAAGCGAGCAGUCUCGGAAGCGGCUCAUCGAGCAGAGCCGGGAGUUCAAGAAGAACACUCCAGAGGAUCUACGCAAGCAGGUAGCCCCGCUGCUGAAGAGCUUCCAAGGGGAGAUUGAUGCACUGAGUAAAAGAAGCAAAGAAGCCGAGGCCGCCUUCCUGAAUGUCUACAAGAGAUUGAUCGAUGUCCCAGACCCCGUACCGGCCCUGGACCUCGGGCAGCAGCUCCAGCUCAAGGUGCAGCGGCUGCACGACAUCGAGACGGAGAACCAGAAGCUUCGGGAAACCCUGGAGGAGUACAACAAGGAGUUCGCGGAAGUGAAGAACCAAGAGGUUACGAUAAAAGCACUUAAAGAGAAAAUCCGAGAAUAUGAGCAGACUCUGAAGAACCAAGCCGAGACCAUCGCACUCGAAAAAGAACAAAAGUUACAAAAUGAUUUUGCAGAAAAGGAGAGAAAGCUGCAAGAGACACAGAUGUCUACCACCUCCAAGCUGGAGGAAGCCGAGCAUAAAGUUCAAAGUCUGCAGACAGCCCUGGAAAAAACUCGAACCGAAUUAUUUGACCUGAAAACCAAAUACGAUGAAGAAAUCACUGCCAAGGCCGACGAGAUGGAGAUGACCAUGACGGACCUGGAAAGAGCCAACCAGAGGGCAGAGGUGGCACAGAGAGAGGCGGAGACCUUGAGGGAGCAGCUCUCGUCGGCCAACCACUCCCUCCAGCUGGCCUCGCAGAUCCAGAAGGCGCCGGACGUGGAGCAGGCCAUUGAGGUGCUGACCCGCUCCAGCCUGGAAGUGGAGCUGGCCGCCAAGGAGCGGGAGAUUGCCCAGCUGGUGGAGGACGUGCAGAGACUCCAGGCCAGCCUCUCCAAGCUGCGGGAAAACUCGGCCAGCCAGAUCUCCCAGCUGGAGCAGCAGCUGAGCGCCAAGAACAGCACCCUGAAACAACUGGAAGAAAAACUGAAAGGGCAGGCGGACUACGAGGAAGUGAAGAAGGAACUGAACAUCCUCAAGUCCAUGGAGUUCUCCCCGGCCGAGGGCGCUGGGGCCCAGGACUCGUCCAAGCCCCUGGAGGUGCUGCUCCUGGAGAAGAACCGCUCGCUGCAGUCCGAGAACGCCGCGCUGCGCAUCUCCAACAGCGACCUGAGCGGGUCAGCCAGGAGAAAAGGGAAAGACCAGCCUGAAAGUCGGCGCCCUGGACCCAUGCCGGCCUCCCCUCCUUCUCAGUUGCCCCGCAACCCCGGGGAGCAGGCUUCCAAUACUAAUGGUACACACCAGUUCUCACCAGCGGGGUUAACGCAAGACUUUUUCAGCACAUCCCUGGCAAGCCCCAGCCUACCCCUGGCUUCUACGGGAAAAUUUGCACUAAACUCUCUCCUCCAACGACAGCUCAUGCAGUCCUUCUACUCCAAGGCCAUGCAGGAAGCAGGAAGCACAAGCAUGAUUUUUUCAACAGGUCCAUACAGCACAAACUCCAUCUCUUCCCAAAGCCCGUUACAACAGAGCCCGGAUGUCAAUGGCCUGGCCCCGUCUCCCAGCCAGUCAGAGAGCGCUGGGAGCGUGUCCGAGGGCGAGGAGAUGGACACGGCCGAAAUCGCCCGGCAGGUGAAAGAGCAGUUGAUCAAGCACAAUAUCGGACAGCGCAUUUUCGGACACUAUGUCCUGGGACUGUCCCAGGGCUCCGUGAGCGAGAUUCUGGCCCGCCCCAAGCCCUGGAACAAGCUGACGGUGCGCGGCAAGGAGCCUUUCCACAAGAUGAAGCAGUUCCUCUCCGACGAGCAGAACAUCCUAGCACUGCGCAGCAUCCAAGGCAGACAGAGAGAGAAUCCAGGCCAGAGCCUGAACAGACUAUUUCAGGAAGCACCGAAACGAAGAAAUGGGGCUGAAGGGAGCAUCACCACCCGGAUCCGAGCGGCCGAGACCGGCUCUGACGAAGCUAUCAAGUCAAUCCUGGAACAGGCCAAAAGGGAGCUGCAGGUCCAGAAAACCGCAGAGCCAGCCCCGCCAUCGUCCUCGGCAGCCAGCAGCGGCACCUCGGACGACGCCAUUCGCUCCAUCCUGCAGCAAGCCCGCCGGGAGAUGGAGGCCCAGCAGGCCGCCCUGGACCCCGCCUUAAAGCCGACGCCUCUGGCCCAGAGCGACAUGGCCAUCCUGACGCCCAAGUUACUGUCUGCCGCACCCCUGGCGUCCGUGCCCAGCUACUCGCCGCUCGCCAUCUCCCUGAAGAAGCCGCCCUCUGCCCCCGAGGCCAGCGCUGCCGCUCUGCCCACCCCCCCAGCCCUCAAGAAGGAGGCCCCGGAUGCGCCCGGGCUGGACCUACAAGGGGCGGCCGAGGCAGCGCAGGGCGUCCUGCGGCACGUGAAGAACGAGCUGGGCCGCAGCGGCGCGUGGAAGGAGCACUGGUGGAGCAGUGUCCCUGCCGACAGGAAGGGUGCCGCCACAGCACCCGACGAGCCCAAAGGCGACGAGGCGGGCGGCGGGAAGGAGAAGGGCGGCGGCGGCGGCACCGCGCGGGCCGAGCGCGGCCCGCUGCAGGGACCCUCGUCCUCCGAGUACUGGAAGGAGUGGCCCAGUGCCGAGUCGCCCUACUCCCAGAGCUCGGAGCUGAGUGUCACCGGGGCCAGCCGCAGCGACACGCCCCAGAACAGCCCCCUGCCCUCCUCCCCGAUCGUGCCCCUGGCCAAGCCCACCAAGCCCGCCGUGCCCCCGCUGACCCCGGAGCAGUACGAGGUGUACAUGUACCAGGAAGUGGACACCAUCGAGCUCACGCGGCAGGUGAAGGAGAAGCUGGCCAAGAACGGCAUCUGCCAGCGCAUCUUCGGGGAGAAGGUGCUGGGCCUGUCCCAGGGCAGCGUCAGCGACAUGCUGUCCCGGCCAAAGCCGUGGAGCAAGCUGACGCAGAAAGGCCGCGAGCCCUUCAUCCGGAUGCAGCUCUGGCUCAACGGCGAGCUGGGCCAGGGUGUCCUGCCCGUGCAGGGGCAGCAGCAAGGACCAGUCCUCCACUCUGUGCCGUCGCUCCAGGACCCGCUGCACCAGGGCUGCGUGAGCUCAGAAAGCACUCCCAAGACCUCAGCCAGCUGCAGCCCUGCACCCGAGUCGCCCAUGAGCUCCAGUGAGUCGGUGAAGAGCCUGACAGAGCUGGUGCAGCAGCCUUGCCCCGCCAUCGACACGAGCAAGGAUAGCAAAGCCCCCGAGCCCAGCGAGCCGCCCGCCUCCGACUCGCAGCCCGGCACCCCACUGCCUCUCUCGGGCCACUCGGCACUCAGCAUCCAGGAACUGGUGGCCGUGUCCCCCGAGCUCGACACCUACGGCAUAACCAAGAGGGUCAAGGAGGUGCUGACCGACAACAACCUUGGUCAGCGUUUGUUCGGGGAGACCAUCCUCGGCCUCACGCAGGGCUCCGUCUCCGACCUCCUUGCCCGGCCGAAGCCCUGGCACAAGCUCAGCCUGAAGGGCCGGGAGCCCUUUGUUCGCAUGCAGCUGUGGUUGAACGACCCCAACAACGUGGAGAAGCUAAUGGACAUGAAGAGGAUGGAAAAGAAAGCUUACAUGAAGCGGCGGCACAGCUCGGUGAGUGACAGCCAGCCCUGCGAGCCCCCCGCUGUGGGCAUCGACUACAGCCAGGGGGCCAGCCCCCAGCCCCAGCACCAGCUGAAGAAGCCGCGCGUGGUGCUGGCUCCAGAGGAGAAGGAAGCCCUGAAGCGGGCCUACCAGCAGAAGCCAUACCCGUCCCCCAAAACCAUCGAGGAGCUCGCCACACAGCUGAACCUGAAAACCAGCACCGUCAUCAACUGGUUCCACAACUACAGGUCUCGGAUCCGCAGAGAACUGUUCAUCGAGGAGAUUCAGGCCGGGAGCCAGGGCCAGGCCGGGGCCAGCGACUCGCCGUCGGCCCGCAGCGGCCGCGCGGCGCCCAGCUCCGAGGGCGACAGCUGCGACGGCGUGGAGGCCGCCGAGGGCCCGGGCGCCGCGGACACCGACGAGGGCCCCGCGGCCGCCGCCAAGUCUCAGGGAGGAUCGGCCGAGGCGGCCGCAGGCCCGGAGGAGCAGCAGCGGGACGAGGCCGCUGCGGCGGCGACGGCGGCCAAGGCCGAGCCGCCGCCCGCCGCGGGGACCCCGGGGCCGGCGGGGCCCGACGCGGCCGAAGAGGAGCCGGCGCCCCGCGCCCCGCCGCCGCCGCCGCCCCCCGCCGACGGCCCCGCAGACCGGCCCGUGCCAAGCCCCGCGGGCGCCGCCGCCAACGCCGCCGCCGCCGCCGCCGGGGAGGACGCCGCUACCUCAGCCCCCGCCCCGCCCCCCGCCGCCGCGCCCGCGGCUCGCGGCGCCGCGUUGCCAAGCACCAGCGCGCCCGCCCGCCGGCCCAGCUCGCUGCAGAGCCUCUUCGGCCUCCCCGAGGCGGCGGGCGCCCGGGACUCGCGGGACAACCCCCUGCGCAAGAAGAAGGCCGCCAACUUGAACAGCAUAAUCCACCGCCUGGAGAAGGCCGCCAGCCGCGAGGAGCCCAUCGAAUGGGAGUUCUGAGGGGCGAGUCGCGCCGC